CAUCAUGUUCGUGGAUGAGCUACUGGAUAGUGUAGAGUUCGAGUCCAAUUGGAAAAAAGAAAGAUCUCUGGAGGAUAAUGGCACACAGACUAAAGAGCUACAAGUAGAAGACCAGGCUGUUCAAGCCAUAAAGAGAAAGGAAAAGUCUUCCCAGACUGAAGACCAAGCAGAUAAACCCCUUGAGCUGUUACCAGAUACAUCCCCAGCACUGUCUGAGUUCCUGCGAAAAAUUGAACCUCUGGUGGUUAGAGAAAUUAAGAAGAGUGCAAACAGCAGAGCAUUUGAAGAUUACAUGGUUAACUGGGAAGAAGAAGUGUCAGCUGUUACAUGUGUUCACACUCUCACUCACCCAGCUCAUGAAGAAACUUUACAAGUUACUGGUUUAACAUGGAGUUCAACAGGAUCUGUUAUUGCAGCCUCGUUUGGGAGGUUUGACCAUGAGGACUGGUGCACUCACAAAGCUUCACUGUGCACAUGGAACCUGGGGCGUCGUGCGCUGAAUGAGAACAAGCCAGAUACCGUGAUUGACGUGUCCAGCUGCCUCAUGUGUGUGGCCUUUCAUCCCAAAAACCCAGCCUUGAUUGCAGGAGGAAAUUUCAACGGUGAGUUGAUGGUGUGGGACUUGAGCCACGAAGAUGACACCUUAAUCUCCAGCUCAGGCAUAGGUAACGAUUCCCACAGAGAACCUGUCAGUAAACUCACCUGGAUACCUGAUCCCCGUUCUAAGGGAAAACACUUCUUGCUGGUGAGUGUAAGUGGAGAUGGCAAAAUUCUUGUGUGGAAAAUCCAUCAAAAAUCUCAGUCCCUGGAGUUGGUCAAUGGCUUCUUUGUUAUGACUGAGAGUUUGCCCAGAUCAUUAAAGACCCGGGGAUUACGAGGGGAUAAGGAAGUUGGUGUGACGUGUAUAUCAUACAACACUGAGGACAGGGAAAUGUUCCUGCUGGGAUCAGAAAGUGGGGCUAUAUUUAAGUGCUCAAUGCUGGCCAGUGGUACACCAGCGCCAAGCAGUGUGCUGAGCUCUAUCCAGCUGAAGUCCCCAGUCACCUUUACCUACAACCCUCACCAUGGACCAGUUUAUGCUGUUGAAUGCUCCCCAUUCCACAGAAAUGUCUUUCUGAGCUCGGCUAUGGAUCAAACUGUCCAUAUCUACAAUAUUCUUCAGGCUCAGCCAGUGCUGGUUCUGGAGCCUGGUGCCGGUUAUUUGUUCUCUGCUAAAUGGUCACCUGUACGCCCCACUGUGUUUGCCCUGACCACAGAGACAGGUCACCUCCACAUCUACGACUUGAGGCUGGGAAAACUCACCCCCGCCCACAAGCUAGAUGCUAGCCCGAAGAAAUACCCAGUGUAUACCCUCCAGUUUAACCAAACACAAAAGAAUCUACUGGCUACAGGAGAUGGUGUUGGAUGCAUCAAAAUAUUUAAACUGAGUGAUGAACUUGUGUCUCAAGGACCUAAGGAACUGGAGACACUGAGUGGUUUGACCUCCGUGACCUCUGAACAGGACUGAUCAGCAUGUUGACAUCUAAUAGCCAGUUGUUUUAAUGUGUACUAAAGUUCAUUCAAGCUAAAGUUAUAUGUAAGGAAAUUUGGUAUGGAUUUUAGCUGCAACAAGCAGCAUUACUACUUGACAAAUCUUUUGACACAGUCCAUUCAUUUAUGAAUGGGCCAAAAGAGCAAAAACAUGAAUUUCCUGUAGCAUACGGCAGCUAUUGCAAAUUUGUUCUUUUUUAUGUAGAAUAUUGCAUACAUGCUUGUUGUAUUUGAACUGACUAUGUCAGGAGUUAAUCUGUGAAUUUAUUACUACUAGAAUUACAUCUGCACCAAUGCCAUUACCUCUGGUAAACAGGAAAUGGUCAAGUCUGUCUUAUGAAGCAGGUCUAUCUGUUUAAUCAUGAUUGAGCAUCUCAUUUUGACAAGUAUAUGUAGGUCUUUGCGUUAAAACCGUCCAUUUUCUUCCCUGUGAUAUUUUUUCUUCUAUGUAAUAUUUUUUUUUUUUGUAAUCUUGUUUUUUCUUGCGUUGUUUUUUUUUUUUAACAACAUAUCAGAAAUGUGUAAGUAAAUGUACUUACACUGAACUAUGUCUUUGAGCUUUACUUUGUGUUUUUGCAGAACUUUUUUAUGCAUGUGUGCGUUCUGUUAGACCUAAGGGUCUUAAACUGGUAGGAAAACAAGAUAUGCAUUCAGACCC